GAUAUACCUGAAUAUAUUUAGAUGGUUUGGGAAGGAUAUCGGAAAGGAUCUGGCUACGUGGCUGUGGGUGUAUCCGAGGAUUCAAAGAUGGGCAAGGAUAUAAUGUUUAUCUGCUCACAGUCUGGAGUGAAGGAGUAUACAAGUGCAGGAAAAAGUGCCCCUACCCCUAGUUCAGAAAACCAGUUGAAUACAAUAACAACAACAAAUAUUGGAGGAGAUAUGUACUGCAAGUUUGAGAGUGGAACAUUGCUAAAAUCUAAGGGUAUAGAUUUCUCUGCAGAUUUGAAGAAUGAGAAAUAUCAUAUAUUAGUUGCCGUGGGGGAUGGAGAACUAUCAUAUCAUGCUCAGAAUAAGAUUGGUAGCGGAGAACCCUCAGCUCUAGGUCUAGUUCAAGCACAAGGUUCAAGUUCUAAGGUUCUGCUCAAGGUGCAUGGUUUAGCUAUGAUAGCUGCCUGGGUUGGUUGUGCUGGAACAGGGAUGAUGAUUGCUAGAUACUUCAAAAAUACUUGGAAGGGAACCAAGGUUAUGGGCACAGAUGUUUGGUUUACAGCUCACAGAUCCUUGAUGAUGAGCGCUGUCCUGUUUACAGCUAUAGGAUUAAUACUUGUCAUGAUUCAUAAUAAAGGAUGGAAUUAUACAGCAGAAUCAAUCAGAAACAACCCUCACCCAGCGCUCGGCCUCGCCACAGUAAUCCUGGCCUUCAUGCAACCUGUCAUGGCAGUGUUUAGGCCUCAUCCUGGUACAAAAUUUCGACCUAUCUUUAACUGGGGACACACCAUUGUGGGCAAUGCCGCCUUUUCAAUAGGUAUUGCUGCCAUUUUUCUCUCUGGUGAUCUACCCGCUAUCAGGAUUGAAUAUAAAGGAUAUGUUGCUUGUUUGAUUGUUUACAUUAUUGUUUACACUCUGGUUCAACUCUUCCUGGCGUUCCACAAUUUAAUGAUGGAACGAUCUGAGGCUAAGACAGAGGUUCAUCCUAUGGCAGAGAAGGGAGGAGAGCUGGAGGAUAUACCUGUAGAGAACAAGGAUAAACCUGGAUCAAAGAUUAGACAAAUUGUUCUUCUUCUCUUCAUUCUCUUCUCUCUAGCUGUCUCAAUUUCACUUAUUGUCGCGAUAUUCAAGUUCGACUAGUCACUCAAAAUUUAUUUUUAUUUGAUAUUCAUGUUUAAAGUACAGAUACACAUUUUUUAAUGUAUUUAUUUUAUUUCUAUGACACCAUAUUCUAAAGAAUUAUUAAGUAACAGUAGUAAUAUGUAAUACAUUAUUCAAAAAACACAGUGCAUAAAUAAAGCUUUUAAACUUUA